GCUCCAUCGUCCUAUUAAUUUUUCGUAAAUCCUGGUGAAGAUGCAGGUCGUUUCGUUUGUAGAGGCAGUGGCACUGCUACUCUCUCUACGAACUGCAACUUUUUGGCUAUGGAUUUCCAUGCCCGCCACUGGUGUUGCGGUGGUGUCGAUGCGUGCUCCUGCCAUGUCGGCACGAAAUUUGCAGGAGUGCUUCGACUUUAGGACGGACGUUAAGUAUUUUUGCCAUGAAAAGGACAAUAUGGAUGCCGUUCUGGUCGAGUACGUGGAAACCAAGACGACUGCGGGGGCUCUGGUGUACAAGCGCGAGGAAUGGGUGGAGAAACAUACAUCCAAAGAUGGGAUUACCCGCGAUCGCAUCAAGACGAUUGGGAAGAUUGGGAAACUCUUGGAGGCCCUCGAGGCUGACGCGACGCAGCGACUUGAGGAUUACAGCGCGGCUUUUCGACAGCACGGCACAGCUGCGGACCCAAGGCUUUGGGCGGAAGCCAAGGAACCCGUCCGCAGGCUGCAGGUUUGUCGGGACUGUUUGAACGCUCGGUCGAAGCUGGUGGCGCGGAAGGAUUGCAAGGCAGUGCUCGAUGUGGCCUUUCCGAUGAGUGUGGGGGAAAAGAAGAGGCACGAUAUCGGUGACGCUCGGUUAUUGGAGAUGAGAGACAUUAUUGCCCCCGCGUUACAAGAGUUCGAAACCGCAAAGGCCGGGUUCCGGAGUCAAACGAAAGGAGCUGCUGUGGCGCCACCAGAAGUUUUGGAGAAGUACAGGCACCUUUAUUUUGAUUCUCCGGGCGGCCGUGGUAGUGAGUCGGAUUCAGACACUGAGCGGGAACGGCAGGAGGCGGAAAAUAAGCUGCGCGAGUUCCGGCAGAGUGAGCGGAAGAAAUUCCUAGAGGACCAGCGGCUCGCGGAAACGGAACGCAAGCGGACGGAGGCCGCGUGCCGAAAGCAGGAGGAAGAAGAAGCGCUGCGCACCGCUUUCAAAGAAGCCGGAGGGGCAGGACAACUACGCGCCCCGACGGCAGACGAGAAGUCCUGGACGACCUUGGUGGAUACCCGAGGAGGUUCUGCACUGCCAAACGAGGUCCUGCAGCGAAAGGACUCACCCUUGACAGACGACGAAAGAAAGGAACUGCAAGUGGCCAACCGCCUCCCCAUAUCAAAGUGAAAAAUUCCCCCUCGUCCCCGUAUCAAAGCGGAAAUUUGUGAUGCUGAUUUAUUGUGGCCACACAUCACCUUUGUUUUAGCUUUGCUGCUUUUGCAAAGAAGCUAGCUACCGGGCAUUGCUUGGGGCCUGAUCUUUCCUAUUCGACUUUCACAUCACCCAGAGGCGGCGGGUUUUGUGUCUGGUCUGUCGGGCGGUUGAGGAUGCUUCCCAGCGCUUAGGGGAAUAUCUUCUGAACACUACGCGUGAGGGUAGUAGCGAGUAGUGGACCCCAAUUGGACUUCCCUUCACUGCUAAAACGGGUGGUGUUGCGUCGUCCGAGAUGCCCGGCUCUCAAUGCAAUCCGGUGCAGACAGUUUACCUCUAGGAAAAUCAAGCAGCUCGAGAACAGUUUCUGGCUCGCCUUGGUAGCUACUACAGUACCGAAGAAGCUUGCGCCAUAUUGUUUUUUUGCCUAUACAUAGGGUAAUAUUAGCAGGAGCCUUUGGCGCAUUCUACAGCCAGCCUGUCACGCGCUUUCGACUACUGCAAAUAACCGGUUUGCCAUGCCUAACUGCUAGCCUUCUGCAUUAUACCCGAACAGGCUAUAGAGGAUACCGCCAAGCUGCACUUUGUGCAAGACAAGUCUGGUUUGUGGCCACAAAUCAGCAUAAUUACUUCAUAUUGUGGGGAGAAGGGAUUUUUCCUCACAAUACCCCAGCGUGUUUUCGCCGUCCAGGAAGGACCGGGAGGCCGAGAACCAACGUCAUGGCCGUGGAUACUGGGCCUUUUUCCGGGAUGCGUGGCUUUCUGCCGAACUAGAAGAAAUUGAGGACGAUGACUAUGACCUGCUCAGCUGUUACAAUCUCAAACUUUUAUUUUCCAAUGGAAGUAGCUGAGCUCUGUCUUGCAGAAAGGGCAUCAGAGAGAAACAGGCAGGGCCUUGUUGCACUUAUUUUCGCAAUACAAAUUGAGCCGAAUUCUGAGUGCAAUUUGGAGAAGCUCCGGAAUUUGUCAUGCGUAAUAAGUAUUAAUUCCUCUAAGCUGCAGACGAGUAGGCCGAAUGUUGCACUUUUAUUUUCACGACAAAAUCCGGGUUCCAUUGUAACGUUCGACAUUGCAGCAUCACCUGGGCAGGUUAUACCGCAGGAACACGCAAGAUUUCACAUGGGCAGGCGGUUGCCGACUAUAUCGUGAAAACAAACGGUGCUUUCGCCUACACGCUUACACGGCUGGAAAGGCACAAGGCAGAGCUUCAAGAGCUGGAGCAAGAGUAUGAGACGUUCUCUGGGGCCAGGCUGGAGAGGAACAGACCUCGGGAUAAGGAGUUAUCGAGGAACUGGAAUUAUGUGAGAGACCGAAUGAGGACAUGGGUUUUCCAGGCGGCGAGAUAUCGAAGUGAAUAAAAGCACCCUGCCCCCAGACAGCGCUCUCGACGUUUUUUGUAGUAUUGUUAGGCACCAAAAUACAAGAUACCUAUGCGAGUGCGACGCCUCGCGUUUCAGACAGAAGACAGUCGCAUUCUGGUGCAGCUGUAACGUAGCUGCAGUUCUUAGAGAGAGAUGUGGCUCUUGCGUUAUUUCCCCUGCGGAACAGGAACACAGAUCGAGAUCCGGGCUACUGUAUUGUGGCGCUAAAAAUUCUGAUUGAUGCGUGCGUUCAAGGGGGAUGAGGAAGAGUAAGUGCCUCUAUUCAGACAGAAUUCAUCGCACGAUGUAAGCGCUUCCCCAUCUUUGCGGAACACUAGGGGUCGUGCUUUUAUUCAUCUUGAUAAGGGAACCAUUAAUGAUAUCCUGAGAAAUAAACACCUCGACCUCCCCACUACUCCAGAGUUGUCAUGCAGAUUUGCAAUUACAGGAGCAAUUGUGACGAUGCGCAUCGCCAUGAGAGGAAUUUUCACUCGCGUGGUGGCAUUUUGAGUGUUGUAGACAGGACAUGGAUAUUAAGGAGAUGGCUUCGUGAUGCGGCUGUCCCUGCUACCCUGCACUACAAUACAGAGAAAAUGAAAACAAGCUUGUUGUCAUGCGCGACACUCAAAAUUUGUGGAUUCGUGUUGCAGAGUUGGUUCCCAACUUGACCAUGGGGCGGGGAAGAUGUUUUUGCGCAGGAUAAAUGAAUGUGACGUACCGUUUGCAGAUGCGCGGAAAACGUAUCCACUUUGGCGGACCAUCGUCGAAACGUUACUACUAUUCUCUGCAAAUAUAAUGUCAAAGUCUUCUGGAGGAAUGCAAGGCCAAGGUCUGUCAUGCAGGUUUCGCAUCACCCACGCGACGCCUCGAACUCGAAGGUUUGGAACGCUAGCAUCAGCUGAAGUUUUGAGAAGGCUCUUCGAUGCCUACUCUACUAGAAAUGUUGUCUUCGGGUUGUAACCAAAUAAAGUGGGUCCACCUUUUAAUGUUGCUGGUCAUGCAAUACAGAUUAUGGGUUGAGGGGUCGUAAAAGAGGUCAUGCAAUACAGAUUUUUGGGUCGAGCUCGAGCAGACCUGUCAUGUUCCGACUCGUCUUCCAGACAUCCAGGGAUGAUUUUUGCACUGAAUAGCUACCACAUACGACGACAGACCGCGUGGCCGCUAUCACCCGAGCCUGGAAAGCGGUGGGGCCGGUGAGCGCCGCCGCGUCGCCGUCGCCGCGUACAACUACCGGGGUGCGGAGGUCGCGGUCCGCACGGAGCACGCCCCGCCGCGGAAAUCGGUCGCCGCCGCGUAGUUCGGGGCCGCGGAGGUCUAUCGAAAGGAAAAAUCCCCCCUCCCCAUAUCAAAAUGGAAGUCUGUGAUGCGGGAUUUGUGUACACAAAUCCUUUUGUCAUGGUAGAAAAGGAAAGAUGCGAACUCGGACUGUAGUGCUGGCUGGCGUGGGAAAGCCUUGUAUAAUCUUCAGCAUGACAGGAGACAGCUGAUAUUGGGAAACAGCAUGACGAAUUGCCUGCAAACGAGGCCACAGCUGCGUCUCUUGGGCUUCUAGCAAUACAUGUCGACUUGUGUUGUACUCAAAUACACCAUCACAAGUUUCGUUUGCGAUAGGGGGAGUGGGGAUUUUUCCUCUUGAUAAGGUCGCAGUCCGUGCACAGCACGCGGGAGGGAGCUGACAUGAGCGGCGCAGAUUUGCGGUUGGAGUUGGCAUCUGCAUUGACAGCGGGCGACGAAGCAGGCCCGGUGAACGAGGAAGCUGGGCGGGCCACGAAUAUUGUUCCAGUGCCGAGGUGGUGGGCUAAGCUUUUCGUUUGGAUAAAUACGAGCAAGGGGUGCGUGGCGACGAAGAGAAAAUUUACGGACGACGACGCGCCGAUUAUUUUUUCCGAGGCUGCCACAUGUCUCGAGAAGCAGUACGCGGGUCUUGUUGAGAAAAUGGGUGAGGUGUUACUGUUAGUUGAAAAGCUAAGGAAAGAAAUAUUGGGAUUCACUAAGGUGAAUGAUUUAUUUGACAUCAAGAAAACAAAAAAGUAAGAAGGCCACCUGCCGCCGCGCUAGGUUACCAAAAAAUUCCGUAGAUGUAGUCCCAUAGCGCCCACGUCGUUUCGCUUAGUUCUAGUACAUACCCAUAACAUCGACGUCAUUGCACUUGGUUCUAGCACUAGCGCAUUAUGUUUUCUCUUAUGCUAUUCCGCUUUCAGUUUUUCGAUUCUACUGACGCAUCACCAGAAGUGCGUUGGUGCCAAUCGCUUUACCACAUGUGCCAUCAGAAGUGCACCGAAUCGCGAGGGUCACGCAUAACAUAAGUCAUUUAGUUUUUAGGCCUAAGCGCCGCCGGGGCGUCCAGCCCGUAGCUCUCCGAUGUCAUGAAAACGGACAAGAAAUAGAGCUACAGGAUGAAAAAAAAACUCGUAGCAGCACGCCAAAGAAAAAGAAAAAACAUGCCGACCACUACUUUUGCAAACAGAAAAAAGUGGACGGCGAAACUAACAACACACAACGCAUCUGAGGCUAUGACUUGGGUGCAGUUUUUUGUACUCCAGAAAAGUGUACUACAAUUUUUUUUCCCCUAGUAUCCUCCAGUUGGAUGCCGAUAUUCAUGGCGUGGGACCGCACACUAUGCAAGAGACAUCAGUUUUUUACAAACGUUCCAGCAGACACAGCGUAUGCAGCACUACCCUGGCCUGAUAUGCGUGAAUUUUUCGACCUGCUGAAGAGACACGAACAACAUCCCAAGACCACAUACGAUAGUGUCUGCGGGAAGAAUCUAGAACAGCACAGAUCGAAGACGACGAACCUCCCCUAGUAGUCGCAGUCCCCUUUCCCCCUUUGCUAGGCUGGUGAUCAUGAUCUUCACGCUAAACAAAGGUCAUCUUUAGCGUCAUCUUCUUGUGAGCAGUGAUUUCCCAUAGUACAACAACACAGCAAGAAGAGAGGACAAAAAGAAAAACGGCACGGAUAAUUAAAGACUGGAGCUUGUGUGAGCUUGUUUUUAAGUAGCAAGUACAGCCACUUAAUACAUGUUGCAGUCGAAAAAGUUGUCAGCCGAUUCGGCAACUCACUUGAGACCGUGAUUUACUUUCAUCCGCUGACGACGACGUCGAGUUUGGGAGGGCUUGGCUUCACCCCGUGUUCUAAUCUAGCCGUCGUGCGCCAGCUGUAGGGAGUCCGAGCAGCUGUUGAGAGG